AUGCGACUUGGCUCGCCAAAGUCAAGGAGGACAAAGAUUCUACUGCCAAAGUGGCUACCAGGAUUCCCGCAAGAGUGGCACCCCUAUGACAGCUACAUGUCCAUCUCCAAGCACGUGGAGGAGAUGAACUACACCUCCGAGGAGAUCCUGAAGGUUCGCAAGACCUACUAUGCCAUGUGUGCUGAGGCGGAUUAUUUGCUGAAUCGGGUCUGGGAAGCUUUGACGAGUAAGGGCUACGGUCUUGACAACACCUUCGUAGUCUACGUCUCCGAUCAUGGUGAGAUGAACAUGGAGCACCGCCAAGUUUGGAAAAACUCGAUGUAUGAGGGAUCAUCUCGGGUCCCCUUUGCCAUUGCUGGGCCGGGUGUGGCCAAGGGGCGGCGCGUGACCCAGCUGAGCUCCUUGCUGGAUGUUCUCCCCACUUUGCUGGAUAUGGGGCAAGAGACAGACUGGGAAAGGCAUGCGGAACUUGCAGGCAAGAGUGUCCUGCUGCUUGCGGGUGCACCUUCUUCGGCGCCCCCACAGUUGGUUGUGACUCCGGGAGCAGACCGAGCUGUCGUGUCACAGUACCACUCCAAUAUGGGCAACACAGGUUCCUUCAUGGUUCGCAAGGGUCCAUGGAAAUAUAUCCGCUUCGGCCACACCUUGUCAGCGUUUUCGCCGCAGAGGUACGUGCCACUGCUCUUCAACGUCGAUGAAGACCCGAGUGAGACACAGAAUCUCGCUGGGCAGCAUUCGCAGAUUCUGGGGCAGCUUGACCUGGAGCUCCAGGAUCUCUUUGACCCAGAAGACGUCGACCGCCGGGUGAAGUCGGAAGACUUCCGCCUCUACCAUCGCUUCUUCGGCUCCUUGGAUCAGAAGCAGCUCCGGAAGAAGCUGGAGCGAGCCUACGCCGGUUUUGACGCGGAGGAUUUCAAGAAGAUUCAGCUGUGGGCGAAAGAGCUCGCGUCCUGGGGGGUGCCUGAGCUGCUCGUGGUUUAG